GUGCUUUAACCCACUCCUGUUCAUUCCGGAGGAGAACAGCGUAUUGACACUCUUGGCUGCUACUCACUAGUCCUUGAGUUUAAUUUGGCUCUGAGGCUCUCCAGUGUCCUCUCUCCACCAUGAUCUUCCUACUGCUCUUCCCUGUCCUCGUCUUAGGUGAAAUUCAAUUACAAAGCAAUGUCUCAUCCAAUGUAACAUUUGAAGAUAAUGAAAGUUUUCAGGAGCAGGAGUAUUUCCAUGUUUUUCGCCACUGCAAUGAGAGCCUCCUAGAACAAGUCAGCUACAUCAUAUGCUGGAAUCAGUUUGACUCUGAAAUGAAAAACAUCAACAAGGAACUCUGGUGUGAAUGGGACCAAGUCAUCAGACCAUACAAUGAGCUGACCAAAUGUAUCGAGAGCCUGACCACCUACUUAGGAUGUUACUUCCCGAACCAAGUGGUGCAAGACUUCUUCAUCCAGAUCCAUUCCAGCUUCUUCCAGGCAUGUCCGGAGGAGGAGCAGUUAUUUCCUGAUGCCCCCUCCGGUGUUGUGCUUACCCUUACCCUCAUUCCAGUCAGUCUCAUCCCCAUCUUGGUUUUCCUAGUGGUCUGGAAGAGCAAGAUCUGCGACUAAGUUGGAAAUGUUGAAUAUGUGCUUUUUGAAUGUGUCUUAGGUCCCUUCCUGAAACAGCCCCUAAUAAUUCCCUCUAAGUAUUUUCUUAUAAUGUGUUUAUUUUUAAAAUAUUUUUAUUGUAUGUAUAUUAAGAUUGUUUCUAUUUGUAUAUUUGUAAUGUUGCAAAAUACAUUGACUUAUUUCUUUCACAAAAAAGUAUUAUAAUUGUGUCUAUUCUGAAACAACCCCAUGUCAAUAUAUUUAUAUUGUAAUACAGAAUAAGGGCAAUAAGUACCUAGAAUUAAUUCACUGUAGAUGGUCUGUAGUCAUAUUUAUAUUUACUUUUAACAUAUUCUAUUAACAUAUUUACUUUUUACUAUAUGUAAUUUAAGCCACUGGGGUUGCUCUUCAAAUGGGGUCCCCCACAUUUAGCUGUCAUGUACACUGAAAUAAAACUAAACCACAAAACAAAUGGACAGAAAUAAUAUCCACAACAGUCCCAUAGUAUAAAAGUGAAAAGGGGGCCGGAUAACAACUGCAACUACAGGGACAUCGUGUUUUCUGGACCCUUUUUGGACCCUCCCCUAAUCCCAGUGUCACUAUAGCUCGUGCUAUACCUAUACAUUGUCUUCCCUUGGUCUCCUGCUUGGAAAUUCUAGGGAAUGAUUCAGAUAAGGUAUAUAAAUAGCAGCCAUUAACACUGAAUCAAUCUUUCAGAAGACUGUUUGUUUACCUUAUGCAUGAGAGUGAAUGCGUGGCAGAUACAUUGUAGUAUCACCAGACCUGGGUCAUACAUAUGAGUCAAAUACUUUCAAAUACUUGAGAUGCACUUGAUUGAGUUUACAAUGGGACCAAUGGAAUAGUCCCAAAAGAGCAAACCCCAAGCUUAAUCAAAUGAAAGUAUUUGACCCAGGUCCGGUAAUUAGGUCAGAGGUCACCUUCAGCCAGCCCAAUUUCCUACUGAACCCACCUGGGUGACUGUCAUAUAGUCAGUGAAUAAUAUAACAUACUGUGCUCAGCCAACCAAACAUGCUAUUGGUCUGUUGGAGUGUUCAUUGUGUGCUGCUAAAUAUCUCUGUUGGAGCACUGCCUAACACUGGGAAUCAAUGAAGUGCAUCCAACUCAACCAUGCCAUACAGCCAGUUGUUGAUACCCAAGAUCUUUAGGCAGUAGUCCAGUCCUGGAUCGGGACUACUAGUGCUGUGGUAUCUGCACAAACUAGCCUUUUAUUACACUACAAUUUAGUGCAAUAGCAAAUGUACCUCCACUUUCAAUGCUAAGACAACUGUUGUAUGAUGUUUCCUGUGCUGGUGUGGUUGUGAAGAGGCGAGUAUAUCAAGUAACUUGAGUUACAGAGAGGGGUAACUUAUUAUUUGAAUAAUCAAGAAGCUAGUUCUCACCGUUUUUCUGAAUGAAUACAGUGGCUCACCAUGGGCCAAUCCAGUUGCAUUGUCGAGAGAGAGAAAGAUUAAGUGGUUGUUUGAAUAACGAUAGCCUUGUUAACUUUCACAUGCUUAUUAGUUCAGUGGGGAAAUGCGGACUGCUUGGAACAGGGCAAAUUCUUUUGGGUGAUUAAACCUUAUCUAAACUCACCGUUUCACCCACGGUUGUGGUUAGAUGCACUGCUGACAAUCAGCCGUUUGACAUUUCACAGUUGUAAGGUGAGGCUAUGUCGAGAUGGCAUAAGGCGCCACCUACUGUCUCAAAGCUGUAAAGACGACUCCAGUCAACCGUAUGCAGUUUGGUACAGUAUACACAUACAGGUAACUGCCAAAAUAGAGGAAACACCAACAUAAAGUGUCUUGGGGCAUUGGGCCAUCCACCACGAGACAGAACAGCUUCAAUGCACAAUGGCAUAUAGUCUACAAGUGUCUGGAACUCUAUUGGAGGGAUGUGACACUUCUUCCACGAGAACUUCCAUAAAUUGGUGUUUUGUUGACGGUGGUGGAAAACGCUGUACCAGGCUCCGCUCCAGAAUCUCCCAUAAGUCUUCAAUUGGGUUGAGAUCUGGUGACUGAGACGAACAUGGCAUAUUAUUAUUCAUUAUUAAUAAUAUUUUUUUAAAAUAUAUAUUCUUUCAUUUUCAUGAUCAUCAAACCAUUCAGUGUCCACUCGUGCCCUGUGGUUGGGGGCAUUGUCAUCCUGUGGGGGCAUAGCCAUGGUAGCCUAAAUGGCCAAAAUACUGAUGGGAUGUUAAUUGCUUAAUUAACUCAGGAACCACACCUGUGUGAAAGCGCCUGCUGUCAAUAUACUUCUUAUCUCUCAUUUACUCAAGACUUUCCAUUAUUUUGGCAGUUAUCUGUACAUAUUUCAUUUUACCAAGUUUCAACUCAAAUACAAAUAGUUUGUCAUUGUUGGAGUAAGUUUUGGGUCUACUGUAUUAACAUAUUGGGUUUACAAUAUAUUUUUCUCAAUUUUAUUUUAUUAUUUUAUUAUAAUGAGGAAAAUGCAAGAAAAGGAAACAUGUCAAAUAAGAUAAAAGUGUCUUUACCUUUGGUUAAAAAAUCCCACCAUGGAUGAAAUCUCCAUGUCUUACAUAAGUAUAACUGACUUACUAAAUAUAUUAAACCCAAACUAUGAUAGCCUACAUGUAUAACAUGGAGUGUAAAUGAGGAUGUCAGUGUAAAGCAUAGUAAAUACACCAGCUUACAGAGAAAAAUAACAGAGUAACCAAAUACCAGUCCAUUAACAAGUCUCCCCGUCCUGUUUGAGGGAGAGCAAUGGGGGGUAAUAAACAACAUUAUAAAUGUCUCACACCUCCAAACUGGACCGUUCAGUGUAACAUUAGUCUGAGGUACCUUUAACUGUCUACAAGGAUCUUCUGUGUUUCCCUGUCACGAAUCCCGCCGAAGAUGGUGCCUCUUCCCGUUCGGGCGGCGCUCGGCGGUCGUCGUCUCCGGCCUACUAGCUGCCACCGAUCCCCUUUUCUGUUUCAUUUAGUUGUGUCUGAUUUGUUGCACCUGUUUUGUGUUUAGGUUCAUUGUGGGCUAUUUAAACCCAGUUGGCCCGCCGACUUUUGUGCGGGCUUGUUUUUCUGUUUGUGGUGUCGUUAUUUCUUGUGGUGUCUGUUCCGAGUAGAUUUUGUCCUGUUUGUUUGUUUUGGACUGUUACUUGACGCGCCCUUGUAUGUGUGGCGUAGCCGUCUCGCUGUAUCUUUUG